AUGGCUAUGAGAAUGACUACUACACGCUCAAUGUCCCCGGUAGGCGCUCCUCCCCGCAAGCUCACCCACGAAGAAGCAGGCCAGAUCACCGGGCGAGCCUGGGACCUCUUCGUCAAACGUCGACGGCCAGAACUGCCGCCGCGUGUGCCCCCUGCCCCACGCCCAGCUGGACAAUGUCCACACCACCAGGCCCGAAGUCGAGCAGCUCGACAAGACCUCCUGCCGCGACCGGUUCGACGCGAUCAAACACCUACUCACGCCCGAAGAGGCCGGCAUGCUCGAAGCCUUACUCCUGCACAUCUCGGGCGGGAGCAUGGAGAACUCGAGCCUGUGGGACAUGGUCCGGUCGCACGCCCUCAUGUCGUACAGCUCCGCGAACUUCGGCCCCAUCUGGACGACCUACAAGCUCCGCGAAGGGCAGUCCGAGCUGGCGAGGCGGAUCUUCGACGAUGCCGUGCGCCACGGACUGCAGUACUCGUUCCAGACGCCGAUCCAGGCGGUGCACGACACCGGCAGUGCAGGUGCGAGUGGGCUGGUCGAGGUGCAGAGCGCCCUCGCCCUCGCUGGAGAGAGGACGUACCGCGGGCGCCGGGUGGUGUGCACGAUCCCGCUGAACGUGCUGUCGUCCAUUCGAUUCACGCCUGCUCUGUCGGCGCUGCGCCAGGAGGCCGUGGCGGCCGGGCACGUGAAUUUCAUGACGAAGAUCCACGCCGAGGUGGAGGGGUCGGGGCUCGCCUCGUGGAAUGGAAUGCGGUAUCCGAAUCUGCUGAUGUUCGGGACGAGCGCGGCGUGUACGUGCCUGCGCGCGACCCGGACAAAUCGGUCGAUGCAUUCCAGAAACUGCACCCAAUGGAGGUGAAGAAGAUGGUCUUCCAUGACUGGGUCACGGAUCGGUGGGCGCUCGGGGGCCCUGCUUGGUGGCGGCCGGGGUACAUGAGCAAGUACCAGGAGGAGCUGCAGAGCCGGCAUGGCAACGUCUUGUUUGCGUCGGCGGACUGGGCCCAUGGCUGGCGGGCGGCGAUUGACGGGGCCUUGGAGCAGGGCUGUCUGGCGGCGCAGGAGGUGGUCGGGGAGAUCCAGCCGGCACAGGGCGCUGUCAAGGCCGAGUUCUAG